GGCCGUAGUCGGCAUUUGCGUUCGUGAGGUUGCUUCGACAUGGCUGUUUAUGCUCUCCUCUUCUUGCCUUUAUUCUCAGGAAUCGGCGCUGCGGAAUAUGCAUCUUCGUGCACUAACUUCAGCUUCCCAAACUUUCUCGAUAUCGGAAGUUGCCUGAGUUCUUCCGGGGAUUUGUGCAACGCUGAUUCGGAAGGUGUCGCUGGAUUCGUUGCUCAGCUUACACAGUGCACCUUCGCCGGCCUUGCCAACCUUGACAUAGGAUCUCAGACCUACUUGACAAUUGAGUUCCUGAAGUUUCUUCUACGAGCGGAAACAGACGAUUUUGGGGUGGUAUAUCCUUUCAUAAUCAACACAUGCAAGACCCUCAGCACUGCAAUCGCUUUCUUGACUGGAGGCACCGUGCGAAUCAAUUGCGCUGAGCUGGACUUCGACAGGAUGGUCGUCUGUGGUGAUCCCAUCUUCAUAAGCGUCCAGGCUACCACACCAUUUGCAGAGUGCUUGGGCAAGAACGGGCUCACGUGUGAUAACCAAGAUCCAGUUUACGAACCCCUUGCUCUUGGAUCGUUGAGAGUUCUUGCGUGCCUCAUCUAUUACGUUAUCACUACAUCUCCGGCUGAAGUUGCCGGACAGUUCGGAUGCGACUUCAUUACAAUUAUUUCCAGCAUAUUCGGCAGCCCUGUCUCCAAGGCUCUCACGCCCCUUCUAUGCACAGUUCAAAAUGCGCUAAUGCUCGAUUGCGCUGGCAUCACGUGCUAGAACGUUCUUGGUGGAUUACAGGCUAACAACGCAGCGCUUGUGCUACUUCUAUGAGAGCGCAUUUAUGAUGAAAACCGCCAUGAAAUAAACCGAGAGCAUGAAGUCUAAGUCUGCAUGCGCGCUCACUUCGUUCUAAACGUUUUUACUUUUAUACAUAAAAAUGUAUGCACAUUUCAUGAAGAACAUGUUGAGCACUCUUUGCAAUUGCCGCUGUAAACCUU